AUGCCACGAAGACGCCUUGAACUCCGUUCCAAUCUACCAUCCAAUCGAAUUCUCGUUCCUUCCAGGUUGCAGCAGCGACCUCGUCGCUACCACCGGCGCGGGAAAGUGAAGCUGGACCUCAGGAAGACCGACUUCAAGGUCCACCGUGGGCCAGCUCGCGACUCCCUGGUACCGGACUCGCCGAUCCACGCUCGUCCCUACCUGGACAGUGCAAGUUGGCUGUACCUGGACCCGAAUCCCCUGGUACCGGUCUCCCUGAUGCAAGCCCACGACCAGGAGUUCGGGAUACCCCCGCUCGGCCGAGGAGUUCACCGUCACCAUCAUCACCAUCAUCGUCAUCGCGAAAAGCACAGAAGGGUCGUCAGCGACCCCGGUACCAGGCCCUGGAACCUCCUCUCCGGAGAGGCUAAGCGACAUCGCAGGGUCUUCAGCUUCGACCAUGACGUCCGCGCUGCGCACCUUGAGGAGGGAACCGACGAGGAGGUCCUUGCUCCCGGGGAAACGAAGGUCGAGACCUUCAGGAAAGUGCCAUGGCACCCCAACCUGCACAUGCUGAAGAUCAGGCAGACCUGACGCACGAGUCUCUUGAACUUUCUCCGAUAUUUCCGGGCGCCGCCAUUUUGGAGAACGCGGGGAUUUUCUCGUACUCCGAGCAGACGCUUUGUCCUGGUGCGAACUUGCUAAAUUAAUGGCACGUUGGAGGUUUAUCUUCAAGGUUCGGUUGCCAUUAUUAGCUUAGCCGUUAAUUCGGCCCGCCGGACUCGAACGCGAGUCCUUGGGAGGGUUUGAAGUCUAGCAGAAAUCUAAAAAUCGCGCGGAGCGAUCGAUCGUACUUUUAAGUUAGGUCCAUACCGAGUGGCGAUAGGUCCUCUUCAUGUUCGGAGGUACGAACCUCUGAGGUUCACGUGCAAUAUUCCCCUUCCCGUAGCUACUUCUACGCUGAAUUGUAUCGUUAUCUUGUACAGAGAUAGGUAGAGACGAGAACUUAUGUAUUUAUGUAGGAGAAAUCUGCUCGGUACUCCGCGCAGGCGAUAAUUAAGCCAGUAAUCACUGUAACCGGGCAUUGAAAUUGCCGAGCCGUGGAUGCGCGUCCUCGGCGCGAUUAUUUUCUUCUUUCUUCGCGGCUGCUCGACAAUCGCAUGCGUUUCUGUACAUACAUUGCAUCUAGGAGUAAGACCGAAGAUGUAUGUCGGUCCCUGGGACGACUGAGCCGAAAUACACGGAAUU